AUGUUCCAGAAGGAGGUGGAAGCAAGGACCCUUUCAUGCCGAGCAGCUGGGUGCCAAAGCUUGCGUCAAAGGCCAAGAACGGAGACCUUGAGACCGAGAGCCCCAAGAAGGAAGAAGAUACGAUCUCAGAGGCUGUCCAAGAAACGGUGCCUUCCCCGCACGGCGAGACAAGCGUCCGCCCAGCCUUUCCGACCCUCACUGAACUGCGAUCUCAGGUUGACGGGCGGCUUCUUCAUGCUGCCGGUCGGAAUCACUGGCAGGCCUCAGAUCUGUGAUGUACCCCGGAAGGUGCUGGAGGAAAACAUCAAGCUCUCCAGGGAACUCAGGAUGGCCCGGGCGGAGCUCGAACUUGGCGAGAUGCGAGAAUGCUGGCAGGAGGAGGUUGAGUUCUGGAAGAGGGAAGUCAUGAACCUGGAGGCAGAGAUACAAGAACAGAGAAAUAAGCGAGAAGAGGCCACGGAAUCGACGAGCUCCAGAAAGGCGGCUGAAGUGCCGAGUGAAGUUCGCAGUGAGGUUGUUGCUCUUUCCAGGGCAGAGCGGGAGCUAGCAGAGCUUGCACGAGAGCAGGCGCGUUGUGAAGCUGCUGCGAAAGAGGUCGAAGGGCGCAACGCCACCCUCCGGCGAAGCUUGAAGCAGAGUGGGCUGGAACGAGGUGGUGCAGCACGCCUUUUCGUCAACGCCUUGCCCGCCCUGGAUGCACAAGCUGUGGAGGUCGCCAGAACGGCUCUGAACGCACACAUGCAAAAGAUGAAGUUGCAGAGCCAACCUGCGAAUUCUUGA